ACUACUGGUCUCAUGCGACGUAUCAUUCUAUGCAAUGGAGAAAAGAACACUAGGCAUUGCAAUGCAUCAUGCAAGCCUCCAUCAUGCACACCUCCUCAGCCCUGUUCGCGUCGAUAAAGUGCAAAUGAAGGGGGUAUAAUGCCGUAUGCCGCAGGAAAACAAAACUGGAAAACAAACAAUCUUGAUGCAAUCAUGGAGAAAUUGGGAGCAGAGUAGAAUUCGUCUACUCCGCUUCGUCCUUCUUGGUCUCGACGGUCGGCUUGUCGUCGUCGUCCGUCUUGGCCUUGGUAGGCACUGGCUUAUCGUCGUCAGCCUUCGUCACGGCGACGGACUCAGAAUCGUCUUUGACUUUGGGAGCCGGUUCAACAUCAUCCUCCUCCUUGGCGGCGGCGGUUGCCGGCUCAUCUUCGUCGGCCUUUGUCACGGCGGCGGGCUCCUCAUGCUCGUCCUUAGCUUUGGGAGCCGGAUCGUCGUCGGUCUCUGCAUGAGCGAUAGGCUUCUCAUCAUUGUCCUUGGCCAGCUCAUCUUCAUCAGCCUUCGUCUCGAUAACCGGCUUCUUCUCGUCGUCCUGCGCAGUGGCGGCAGGUGUCUCGUCAUUACCAUUGGUUUCCACAGCUGGUUUCUCAUCCUCCUCCUUCGCUUCGAUAGCCGGUCCAUCGUUGUCGUUCUCCGUAGCGGUGGGGGGCUUCUCAUCAUCGUCCUUCUCAACAACGGAAGGCCCCUUGUCCUCGCCGUUGGCCUGAGUAGCCGGUCGCUCGUCAUCUUCAUCAGCCAGAACAGUGGGCUUCUCAUCGUCUUCCUUUGCUUCAGCGGCAGGCUUCUCAUCAUCGCCAUCGCCAUCGGCCUCGGCAACAGGUAGCUCAUCGUCCUUCGGCUCACUGACAGCAUGCUUUACUUCCUCUGGCUUGACGGCGGGUGUCUCCUCUUGCUCCGCAUGCUCCUCCACAGGAGCGGCCUUGCCAUUCAUGGUCGGCUCUUCAGCCUUGGCUUUGAGUGCAGCCUCAAGCUUCUCCUCGAGUCCGGAUUUAUCAGCCUGGAGUGCUUCAAGUUGGUUUUCCAACUCGGCCAUCUUCGCAAGUGCUUCCUCCAUGGCCUCCUUGGCUUUCUGGUUCUCUACACCAAUCGUGGCGAGAGAGUCCUUCGACUCUUCGAGAGAUUUCUGCACCGUGGCAAGACCUUCGUUGGCAUCAGCAUGCUCCAUCUUCAGGGUCUCCAGGGCCUUUUCCAGAGCCUUGAUCGAGUCAUUCG